GUCCCUGUGAUCCACUGACCUGCAGGCCUCACAGCGGUGCCCAGGAUGCUGUCCUAUGGAGAGAGGCUGGGGACCCCUGCUGUUUCCCCACUCCCAGUCCAUGGGGGGCGCAUGAUGCGAGGGGCAGCCUUUGCCUAUGUGCCCAGCCCUCAGGUCCUGCACAGGAUCCCAGGGACCUCUGCCUAUGCCUUUCCCAGCCUGGGCCCUGUGGCCCUUGCAGAGCAUACCUGCCCCUGUGGGGAGGUACUGGAGCGACAUGAGCCACUGCCUGCCAAGCUGGCCCUGGAGGAGGAGCAGAAGCCAGAGCCCAGGCUAUUUCCCAAGCUGCGCCAGGCUGGUGCCAUGCUGCUCAAGGUGCCGCUGAUGCUCACCUUCCUUUACCUCUUCGUCUGCUCCCUGGAUGUGCUCAGCUCAGCCUUCCAGCUGGCUGGAGGUAAGGUGGCUGGUGACAUCUUCAAGGAUAAUGCCAUCCUGUCCAACCCGGUGGCUGGGCUGGUGGUGGGGAUCCUGGUGACGGUGCUGGUGCAGAGCUCCAGCACCUCCACAUCCAUCAUCGUCAGCAUGGUCUCCUCUGGCUUGCUGGAGGUGAGCUCUGCCAUCCCCAUCAUCAUGGGCUCCAACAUCGGUACCUCUGUCACCAACACCAUCGUGGCCCUGAUGCAGGCGGGGGACAGGACUGACUUCCGGCGGGCCUUCGCAGGGGCCACAGUGCAUGACUGCUUUAACUGGCUGUCCGUUCUGGUCCUGCUGCCCCUGGAGGCUGCCACCAGCUACCUGCACCACGUUACUCAACUCGUGGUGGCCUCCUUCAACAUCCAUGGUGGCCGUAACACUCCUGACCUGCUCAAGAUCAUCACGGAGCCCUUCACAAAGCUCAUCAUCCAGCUGGACAAGUCUGUGAUAAUCAGCAUUGCCACCGGUGACGAGUCCCUGAGGAACCACAGUCUCAUCCGGGUCUGGUGCCACACAGACUCCACAGAGCAAAAUCUGGAAGGGAGAGAAAUCACACACUUUGAUCUUUGCAAAAAGCAAGCCAUGGAAGAGAGCUCUGUUCCUCGCUGCCUCUGAGCUCCCCGCCGGCCACCUGCUGCGGCUUCAGGCAGCUCUCAACCUGCAGCCUCCGUGUCCUCACCUGAAGUCAUCCUCACCCAGGCUCAGUGUGCGGAAGCCGCCCUCAGGCCUUUCUCUAUGGCUGAAGCUGACACUUGUCCAGCUGGUUUCUCUUCCUCGCUCUAGCAGGAAACACUUUCCUUAAUAGCAGGGGAGGGGCUGAUUUCCUCGGCUUGGAGAGUAACUGGUGGGUGGGACCUGAGCUCUCACUUUCAUCCUCUUCCUGGGACGAUGCCCCAAAGGAGUGUGACUCUCACGCAGCGAUAGAUGCGCUUGCUCUUGCAAAAUGUGAAGUGCGUCCUGGCUCCUCCUGCCUGAAGACUUGGGUUUGUCCUUUGGCCACAGAGUCUCUCUGUGCUCCCUUCCAACCUGUUCCCAUCGACUCCAGCUUUCACCACGCUGGACCCAAGCUCGCCCAAACCAGUCUCCAGGGAAGCGAUGCACCAGGGAGAGGAGGCGAGUCCAAGGCCUUCCAGAUGGGGAAAGAAGAACCAGCGGCAGUUGUAGGUUCAGACAAGUGAGUCUCUUGGGACCCUGACAGUGUCCUAGGACUCACCUUCUUACGUGGUCACGCUGUGGAUUGUCAAUCAUACCUGCCUGGUUUAAACAAGCAUCUUUUGAGGACUUGUAACCUAGGAGGCAGAAAUGAUCACAUCCCCCACUUUACAGAUGAGGAAACUGAGCCCCAGAAACGAGCAGUAGCUUGCCCAAGUCCAUGUAAUCAAGGUAGGAUAUAAAUCCUGAAGGAAUCCU